GUCUUCCUCUCGACACAGAUAGCGGGGUAUCGCGUGACUCCUCGAAGAACUACACCCAGCCCAUGGAAGGAACACUGAGAUCAAACGUGAAUCAGGGAUGACUGACGUCCAUCCUCUUAUUGGUCAAGACGCGAGCAGAGGAUCUAUCUGGUAGCGAGAAUGGGCGGAGCGCCCUACCAAUCUCGAGGCUGCGCCAACUGCAGGAGGCGUAAGGUCAAAUGCGACCUUGGUAAGCCAGAGUGCGCCCGUUGCAUAAAGAAGGGUGCUCCUUGCCUUGGUUAUAUUGAAAAUCGGAAUAUCCUCCACCACAGUCUAGUUACACGACGCACACCAUUCGGCAAUGCAAUCCGGCCAGCUCCCUGCCUUGUUGAUAAAUUCAAUCAUCUUCCACGUCUUAACGUGGUGAAUGGAAAUGUAGAAGUCCGAACGCAGAUUUUCUCCGGAUUCAUGAACGAGCUCUUCCCCCACAAUACCCUUUCAGAUUGCAAGGAUGAUAAUUGGUAUCUUUUGAUGUCUCACUUCCCAAGCAUGGCCAGGGAGUCAGAGUUAGUUGAUCGCUCAGUCAUUGCACUAGCAGCCACAUUCUUAGCCAAUAAGCGGGGCGAUAGUCAGUUAAUACACCAUGCUGUCGAAAUCUACAACAGUGCCAUUAAUGGACUGGCACGCAUGUUACAACGGGGUUGCCAGCCAAAUCUUGAGAUGUUCUAUUCAAUGACUGUUUUUCAUACAUAUGAGUUGAUGCAAACAAACGUUGAAGCGUUGCAAAAUUGUCUAACUCAUAUCCAAGGGGCAACAGCGAUCUCGAAACAUCUGGACUACACUAUUCACGAAGAAAAGCCUUUUGUCCGAGCCAUGUUAACCCGACAGAAGUGGGCGACGACCUUUUUUGCCCUGAAUACGAAAUAUGCAUCACAAGUUCACUGUGACUGCCUUGUGAAUGGGACAGAGAAUAGUCCCCUGGACCAACUGUUCGGGAUUGUGGCAGAAUGCGCAACCCUCCAAAGAUCGCUUGAUCAGAUCAAAGAGCAAAAGUCUUUAGAUCUGCCGUUAUCAUGCGCGGCAUUACUGAGCGACUGUCAAAAGAUUGAAGGCAAGCUGCAGAAGAACUGGAUGACCGAAUACGCACCCAGGCUCGAUGGUGGGCCUAUUUCCGACUGGAGUCAACCAAAACACGAUCCUCGAACGUUACCUUCGCGCAGUUUUCUUGAGCCGUACGGGUUUCCAUCCCUAGCAACUGGCAAAACUUAUAUUUUAUACUGGGUGAUAUUAUUAGUGGUACGGCGCAUACUAUAUCAGACGGAAAAUCUGCUGGACAAAGCUCCGAGCCUUAAACCUAUGCUACUUUGUGCAGAUCAGAUUUGCCGCUGCGUAGCUUAUUGCAUGCAGCCUCGAAACCGCAUUUCCGCCGCACAAGUAGUCUUAUUUGGGAUAUCGCAGGCGUCACAAUGCUACAUCGACUGUGCAGACAGAGAAAAGUUUGUAUGGUGCCAGGAGAUUUAUCCAUUGGUCAGCACCUCGGGUUUCACAGUAGUUCAGCGAUUGAAUCAGGAACAGUGCAAUUACUGGAAUGCGGUUCAGAGCGAAGUUGUAACCAAGGCACCAAUGUCGGCAGAAAAUCAUUUGACAUAAUCCUCGUGAAAAUAGUGUUGACCUUUGCUUAAAUCGCAAGAUUCUUACUCUUUUCCUCUUGUUUCUUUUGUGUGUGUGUGCGUGUAUUUUUUUAGAUACAAGCAGGCCAGAAACCUGGUAUAUAUAUAUAUAUAAGCACGCAUACUUUACAAGCUCCUGUUUUCAUCCCAGUGACUAAAUUAUUCAAUAAAAUUCC